GUGUGUAGGCUCAGUUUAUAUUUUACACUUGGGGAAGUAACAUUAUUACAAAUAAUUUUUUAGAAAUUUUUAUUAUUUCAUGAACUUUGCCGGCCACAAAGUUCAGUACAAGAUUAUACCAAUAGUACCAAUAUAAAUACAAUAGACAUUUACAUAUACCAACAACCAAAAUGAAGCAAAAUAAAAUGGCGCCAUAUUAUCGUACCAUGAAAGUGCAGACCUACGACCCACUGGAAUCCGACAUGGAGUACGCUGAGAAGACGGUCGAACGCAAACUCACCUAUUUGUCCGACUCGACAGUCAAUAUGCGAGCAAUCCGAAUGCGUGGCCGACGGUCCAGCGACGGGAGCAGCGGCGGGCUGCGCAGGCGCGGCAAGCAAGGCAACAAAAGGUCUUCACAAUCCAAAUUAAAGGACGACACGUCUACCAUCUCACGCCAAAAAACAGGAGCCGUACAAACUUUUAUACAGACACCGCGUCGCAAUGGCCUAUCCCCUCGCAACGAUCUCGAUGAAGAGGAGGAGAAUGAUGAGAUCAAAUUGGCGCGCUCGAUGCGCGGUGUCCUACAGGAAGAAUACGAACGUCAGUUGGGCAACGAAUCCAAUCGACGCAGCCAGAUGAGCAUCAGGCAUAGGCCCACAUAUAGCUGUAGCUCGUGCGGCGCCAUCUUUCACAUUAAGUCGCUACUUGGGGCUCAUCGUCGCACCCACGAUGAUGACUUUAAGGUGCGAUUCCGGGGACGUCAGCUGAGAGAGAGCACCACAGCACUGACGGCCAUUCCACCCGGCAAACAGUGCAAGUUCUGUGAUCGCAUCUUCGAUCUGGAGCGGGCAUUGCGAAUCCAUCAGCUCUGCCAUUGCAAUAAGAUAACGCCCCAGCAGCGCCGCAAGCUGGGCUACACGGACCUCGCUCACGAGAAGAAGAACGCUCCGUUGCCGAACUUUCAGCGGCUGAGCAAGCAGUGCUUGCCGUUGCACACCGUACCCGAUCCCAAUAUGCCGUACGUGGCCCUUGGCCCUGCUGCAUUGAAGAUGAUCGAACAGGAGCAGCAGAUGAAGGCUAAGCGGCGCUCCACCAAGUACACUGUCAAGGUGGCUGGCCCAAUGGGACGUUGGCGUUGAAACAGCUUGAAUAGGGAAUUCAGCCAAAA